AUGUUUUUCUCGGCGUACACCGUGGUGGCGAUUGCGAUCGCGUUGGUAAUCGAGAUGUUCGACAUCGAUUCCCUCAGCUCGAUCGUUCGCUAUUUGGUGAUGUCCGCCGGGUCGAUGGUUGCACAGAUUUAUGUCGUCAAUGGGGUCACUUGUUCGGAGAUCUAUCCAACCGCCGUCCGUAACAUUGCCUAUGCAACGACGCAAAUCAGCGGAAGUAUUGGAUCAAUUUUGGGACCGCAGCUUUUCCAUUUGUCCUCAAUCUUCGAGCUUCUUCCCUAUUUGGUGAUGUUGGCGCUGCAAUUCGGCGAGACUUUUUGUGUCACCGUUCUGGUGCCCGAAUCAAAGGGACGACCGAUGGCCGAUUCGAUGCCCGAAGUGAAUGAAAGAUUCAGAUUGUGCCGACCAAAAGUGGUGAUUGACGACGAGGAAAUCAAGAAAGUCUCCCGGCUGACCCCUGCUCUCCCGCAAAAUGAAAAUAUUGCC